AUGGCACCACUACCGCCCUCGUACACCAAGGUCAUUCACUCCGCCACAUAUGCUGGCAUCAAUCCAACUCAGCCCGGCCUCUCCACUGCAGGCAAGGUUGUGUUGAUCACUGGCGCAUCUGGCGGCAUUGGCCGGGCCACAGCCUCAUCUUUUGCUGCGUCGGGUCCCCGAGCCCUCAUCCUUCUUGGUCGACGCGCCGACGCCCUGGCGGAAACCGCCACUAUUGUCCAAACUAGCCACGCAGAGGUAACGAUCCAAACUCACGAGGCUGAGCUGUGCGAUGCUUCGAGCGUCCGCCAUGCUAUGAAUAAGGUGGCUGCCGAGUUUGGCGGCAUCGACAUCCUCAUCCACUGUGCCGGCGUCCUAGCCCCCGUUGUUCCGCUUCUAGAAGCCGAUCCAGCUACUUUUCUGGACGGAUAUAAGACUACCGUUGUCGGUUCACUGGUGACGGCACAGGCUGUCGUCCUGGCGAACAAGACAGUCAGCCCUAAUGAGGACAAGACAGUCACUUUAAUCAAUCUAACCACGGCCGGCAUUAUAUUUCCCCCAUUCGCCGGUAUGGGCGCCUAUGUGAGCAGUAAGAUGGCUGCCGUUAAGGUCUUACAGUCCUUCGCGGUCGAAAACCCGCAAGUGCGUCUUCACAAUGUGCACCCCGGAUUCCUCCAAACGGCUAUGUCUGCUAAGCUGUCAGAGUCGAUCAAAUUGCCAUUUGCAAGUUAA